AUGUCUUCUACUUCUGACGAAAGGAAAACUAUUCUGAUUGUUGGAGCUGGUCUAGGUGGUUUAGCUCUUGCUCAAUUAUUACAACAAGAAUUUUCUUCUUCUAUUCAAGUAAUUGUAUUUGAACGUGAUGCUGGCGAAAAUGUUCGUGAUCAAGGUUACUUUAUCACGAUUAACCAAAUGGGAACAGAUGUUCUCAAACGUAUUGCAACAGUUAAUGAUGUUUUUUCUCAUCCAUCAACUAUGUCUUAUAGUCAAUAUCAAUUGAAACUUGCAAAUAAAUCUAUGAAUGUCAUACUUGAAUCGACUUCAGAUGAAAUGAAUAUAAUUAAUCGAGGACUUUUACGACGAAGUCUUCUUAAAAAUAUUGAUGUUCAAUGGAAUAAACGAUUUGUUUCAUAUAAAAUUCUCGAUGAUGGUGUUGAAGUGUACUUUGAAGAUGGAUCAAGAGUACAAGGUACACUACUUGUUGGUUGUGAUGGAGCUAAAUCACUUGUAAGAACUCAACUUAUACCAGAUCUACAAGGAAAUUAUGCAGGAGUUAUUCAUGUAGCAGGUACUAUUGAACAUAAUGAAGAAUUAAGACAAAUUAAACAGUUAGUAUCGAAUAGCCUUGUACAAGUAUAUGGUGAUCAAGGAUAUUCAUUGUUCUUGGUUUCUACUGGACAGUUAUGGCUUUGGUCUCUUUCAUGGCCAAGUGCAGAUAGAAUCGAAACAGAAAUUUCAUUAACACAGUUACUUGAUAAAGUUCGUACUAAUUUUGCUAAUGAAGAAUUUGUUCGUUUAAUACAAUUAUCUUCAUCAAUAUGUCUCAAUACACUACCUAUUUAUUCUUUUCCACCUUUAAAAGUUAAUCCAUUUCAAAAUAAUUCUCGAGUAACAUUACUUGGUGAUGCUGCUCAUUUAAUGACUCCUCAUCGUGGAAUGGGUGCAAAUACAGCUUUCGCUGAUGCAUUCGAUCUUAUUGAUGUCAUACGUUCUGGCCAUACUAAAUCUUCUCUUGCGAAUUAUGAAGAGAAAAUGUUUAAGCGUGGGUUUCAAGCCGUUCGAGAUUCACUUGAAACUACUCGUAUAACACAUAUGUUAGGUGUACCAGCUCGAAUACGUGACUAUAUUAUUUGGUUUUUACACUAUUCUAUAGCAUUAAAAAAUUUAAUAUCGAUGCCAUUUUCUUGGUAUUGGCAAGAAAAAACUAAGAAUUGA